AUGAACAAGCCCCAACCACAACUCUCCCGCCGCCUCGUCAUCUUCCAGGAAACGCGUAACCCCCACAACACCGCCGAAGUGGCCUACCUCCCCGUCAACAAACUGGGCCUCCCCAUCUGCGGCGACGGUCCCGACCUCCCUUCAAUCCUGGAACUACCUCUACAUAUUUUGAAGGUGUUCACUGAUAUUUUCAAUCAGCCAAAGUACAAAGGAUGUUUGUUCUUUGGGUGGGAUAGGGCUGUUCUUUCUGCGGGGAGGUAUCAUGAUACAUCUGAGGAAGGCAAGUUUUAUGCCGUUGUUCUGGAACAGAGUUUCCUGCCAGGGGCGCAGGGGCAGGGGUCGGGGACGAUGGAUUUGGGGACUGUGACGCCGUGA